AUGCCUUUUGGCGCUUACACCCAAAGCAUUGUUGAGGAGGCCGGGCUCAAAGAUGGCCAAGGGAAGUAUCCCCGCCUCUUCCUCGAGCAUGCAUGCAGGGGUACAGGGAAGGGCUCUCAGAGCUAUUCGAAGGGCUUUAUUUUGUAUAUUUUCCAAGAUCUCAUCAAGGCAAAAUAUGACAAGGGUAAACAUAGAGCGAUGCCUUUUGGCGCUUACACCCAAAGCAUUGUUGAGGAGGCCGGGCUCAAAGAUGUAAGUGUGGCAGACCUGAGGCCGUCUAAGGUUCCUCCGUGGACCCUCCAGGACCCUUCAGUUGACAUUUCUAUCUCUAAAAUAUUAACGAAAUCAGACUUGCCGCACCUUGUCAAAGCUGAAACUCUCUCUCAUAUUGAUCAAAAUUAUGCUGAGCAUUUAAAAAUUUACACAGAUGGAUCUAAAAACCCAGAAACCGGCAUAGUUGCAUGUGCCUUUUAUAUUCCAUCCAAAAAUAUCAAAAAUAUUAAAAGACUCAGCAACCAUCUCUCCAUAUUUUCGGCUGAACUUUUGGCAAUUAAAGAUGCACUGGACUGGGUUAUCAGUAACAAGCCCAUACAUACUGCUAUCCUCUCAGACUCACUAUCAUCAUUGCAGUCUAUACAAAACAGAGGUAGCAGCUCCAGACCUAAUUUGAUAAAAGACAUUUUGGAACAAAAUAAUAAGUGUCUGGAGAAAAACUUAAAGGUUACCAUGGUAUGGGUCCCAGCUCAUGUCGGCCUGAAGGGGAAUGAAGUGGUUGACGGGCUUGCAAAGGAGGGCCUCAGGCGUGUGAAGGUGAAUGAUCCGGUCCCUCUUGCACCCACAGAGGUCUAUUCACUAGCCCGCCAGCACGUCAUAAAUGAAUGGUGGUCGGUGAGGACACCUAAAACAUACAUUAAUACAUUUGAUAGGACCUCUGUGAGUCUCCAGCCUCCAAAUAAAUAUUCUAAUUUCUUUAGAAUUGAUAAAUGCAUAACGAGGCUGAGACUGGGCACAUCACUUCUCCCAGGAAGUGCUGGGAAAUAUAUUCUCAAAAGUGAUCCGAACUGUGCUCGGUGUGGAGUGACCUGUGACACUUCCCACAUUCUGUUACACUGUGACACUUACAGGGGCCAGAGGGCAGAACUUAGGGCAGCCCUAACUUUUUCUGGUUUGGAUUAUAAUAUAAACAAUAUUCUAAACCCCAGCAAGGCUGCCCAAAGGUCUGUCUUCAGGUCACUUGCCAAAUUCCUGGUUGACUGCCAGAUAACCGACAAAAUUUAG